UAAGGGGGAAAAAUUAUCUUGUAGUUGAGUUGGAGGAAUUGGGAGUUUUUGUUUUGAAUAUUUUACUAUGGCAGACGAUAUCGAUGAUUUAUUAGACGAAUGUGAGACGAAGUUUUUCGACAGUGGAAAAAAACCUAAGCAGGAACCCACCACCAAAUUGAACUCCAGCUUGAGCUCAGAAACGGGAAAGACAUCAAGGUACAAGGACAGAAAACCGAAAAGUUCACAUAUUAAAAAUGCUGAUCGAGAUGAACUACAUGAUAUGAUCCAAGAAUGUAUGGAUGAUGGACCAGAAAUACCUGAACUGAGACAACAGCCAGCAAAAUCUUUGUCCAACUCAAACACAACAGAUUUAAGUUCAGCACGAAAGCGUUGUGUCAAAGUUUUUCUAGGCGGUUCUAAAUUUGCAAAAGGGCUUUGCACUGGGUCAGAAGAGCGGGUGUGUGACAAGCUACGAUGUACAUCAUGUGAUUUCAAUGUGGUCAUCCUGAAUGACUACGAGUGGCACAAAGAUUGUGAUUAUUUAUUCUUCAGAAAUAAUAUACCAGAUUUUGACAAGCUUAUAAGCAAACUAACAAGGAAAAGAGGUUGCUGUGCUUAUGCCUGCCAGUGUACAUGGAAAUCAGUUGUGAAACUGACAGAGCUCUGGUCUGGUGAUCCACAGCUGAAAUGGGUUUGUGGAAAACACAGUUGACAUGUCUAUCAAGUCAUUAUGUGAACAGAGUUUCCUAGAUACCUAUUUAACACAGUUAAUGUCAACUGUAUAAUACCAGCAACUGGAUUGUUGUAAAUAGGCGUACAGUAUGAAUAUGAAAAAAUUGGAGUUGCUACUGUUAUGGAAAACUUUGCUGUGUAAGUAGGGCUCACAGAUGGAAAGGUUGGAAAACCCAUUGGAAUCUUGUGUGUAAAAUAAUUUUAUGCCACCUGGCUCUUGAUUUCUAAGCAAAGCACACCACUUACUUUACAAAGAGUUAAAAUAAAGCGGAAGUUUAAUGGUAACGGUGAUCAUCAAAUACAAUUAGAACAGGAAAUAUGAUUACAUAGUUUCUGAAUGACUUUUUUGUGUGUGGGAUGCCUCAAGCUUUUUCAAGCUAUGGAGUUACGUGAGAAAAGCAGGAUCACAGAAACUAAAAAACUGAGCAAGUUUUAUUUUACCUAAAUUAGAGUGCUAUUACUAUUACUGGGACUGUUUCCUGCUUUUGUGUAAGCAAUUCAGGCAAUAGUAGAAGCUGGUAGUUGCACUGUACAAGUCUUUUCCCUCAAACAUCAAUAGUGCGACCCCAACCAAAAAGAAUAAAAAUCAACAGAGUGCAUGUGUAACUGUUGAAUUAAACACUGACCAAGUACCUGAUGUUGAACAAGCACAUUAGGUGUGAAAAAGCAAUCA